AUGGCGAAGAAUGGAGGAGAGGGCCCAGCGAUCGGCAUCGACCUGGGCACCACCUACUCGUGCGUCGGCGUGUGGCAGCACGACCGAGUGGAGAUCAUCGCCAAUGACCAGGGCAACCGCACCACGCCCUCCUACGUUGGCUUCACCGACACCGAGCGCCUCAUCGGCGACGCCGCCAAGAACCAGGUCGCCAUGAACCCCACCAACACCGUCUUCGUAUGUAGUCUGAAUUUUGUUUUCUAA